GGACAGACAGUAGACUGUGUGAGUGCGAGAAGAAAGGAGCAUCCUGCAGCAUUCUUGGAGAAGAAAGAUCUCGGCACAACGGCUGAUUCAUCCUUGACCCGGACGCAUCUGAGCAUCAGGACCCGAGCAACAGAAUCAUGCAGUGGAAGUGGAGGCACUGCUGUACAGGCAUAACUGGAUUUCUAGUUUUGCUCCUGUGUGUGGGAGUGUUCCUCUUUGUCAGUGAACACAGCUUGCUGGCAGGAAAGAAGGACCACCAGGUGAACAGUGUAAAUCACACAGCGCAGAAACUGGAGAAGAACCAGAGCGUGACCAAGCAGAACAUGUGGACAGAGGAAGCAACGUCCCCUUUUCCAGCAACAUCAGAGGGAAACCUCAGCUCCAUUCUGGACGACUCCUCCCAGCAAGGGCUGAAGAACUCUGUGGAGUCUAAUGCCAGUUUCAGUGAGGAGAUAACAGCAGAGAGUAUACUCAAGGUAGAACCCUACAAAUACAUCAUCAAUGAAGAAGACAAGUGUCAGGAAAGGGAUCCUUUCUUAGUGCUGCUGAUUACCGUUGAGCCCCAGCAUGUUCAGGCCAGGGAUGCCAUCAGGCAGACGUGGGGGAAUGAGAGCGUGGCUGAGGGCGUGGGAUUGGUACGGCUCUUCCUUUUGGGAAUAAGAGAAGGACCUACCAGCCAACUGCAGAGCUCCAUAGAGGCAGAGUCUCAACAGUAUCAUGACAUUAUCCAGCAAAAUUACAUAGACUCAUAUUACAACCUUACCAUCAAGACACUGAUGGGAAUGCACUGGAUAGCAACGUACUGCCCAGGAGCUAGUUACGUCAUGAAGACGGACAGUGACAUGUUCGUCAAUACGGAAUACCUCAUCCAAAAACUUCUCAAUCCCAACCUUCCACCAAAACUAAAGUAUUUCACUGGAUACGUCAUGUAUAAUGAGCCCCCACAUAGAAACAAAAACAGUAAGUGGUACAUUUCAGAAGAGAUGUACCCCGACAACGUGUACCCUCCUUUUUGCUCAGGAACUGGAUACGUCUUCUCGGGCGACCUGGCAGAGCUGAUAUACAGGACUUCUCUGAGCAUACGAUGGCUGCAUCUUGAGGAUGUUUACGUAGCGAUCUGCCUUGCAAAACUGAAGAUAGAACCAGUUUCUCCGCCCAACCAAUCCCUGUUCAAUGUCAACCGGGUACCAUACUCCAGCUGCGAAUACAGCAAUCUGAUAACCUCUCAUGGGCUCCUUCCCACUGAGAUAAUAACGUACUGGCAGGACCUGCAGACCAACAAGCACAACCCCUGCGACAAUACAGAGUAAAGCAACAAAGUUCGCAAGCCUCGACAGUGACUAGAACUGGAACAUUUCAUUGAACAUACCGGUUGAAAGUGGGAACCAAGGUGGUCUAGAUGCUUCACCAAAAAGAAGUUUGAAAAACAUAGGAACAGUAUUUUGGAAUGUGAGGGAAGUAACUUCAACAGUGAACUUCAUAUCACUGCCAAAAAUCAAUGUGAACAUAAAGCCUGGCCUGACGAGAUUUUUGAAUGAUGGAUCUACUGUCAAAGGUUUUAAAACAAAUUGGUGGGUUAAUGGGGUUUGUAUUCAUUAAAUGUGAAAAAUUAAUUUCAGUGUAACACGGUAAUUAAACUGUCUUGGAAUUUA